AUGCCUUGGGGAAUUCUUGAGGAUACGCAUAUGGACCAUGUCCCUGGCACAAUCAUACUUGCCGAUCAGUCUGACGUGCCGGAGGAAUACCGAGAUAUCUCUCGAGAUCUACUGAAGCACGGUACCGGAAAGCAUUCGCAUAUCAUAUUGUCUCCUCAACCAACUGACUCUCCCAACGACCCUCUGAACUGGCCAACGUGGAGAAAAGAUGUUAUUCUCGUUAUCGUCGGUCUAUCCGCCGGUGUUGUCGGUGCAUACGGCCCAAUGCUUUCACCAGGAUUCGUCGAGAUCUCUGCAGCGCUCAAUAUAACGGUCAAUAUGUUAUCGCAAGCAACGGCAUGGGUGGUCUUGAUGAUCGGCCUCUCGUUGUUCAUAUUCAACCCCCUGGCUAAAAAGGUUGGGCGGCGACCGGUAUAUAUAUUAUCCUCGAUAAUCAUGCUUUCUGGGAGCAUUUGGGGAGCUCUUGCGAAAGAUUAUAGCAGCUUCCUGGGCAGCAGAAUCUGGAGCGGUUUAGGCAUGGCUCCGUAUGAAGUGCUUGUUCAAUGCACGAUCGCAGAUACAUAUUAUGUGCACCAGCGUGCCACUAGAAUUGCGAUCUGGAACAUGUUCUUGUUAUGCGGUAUCAGCGGUGGCGCCCUCAUUGCUGGUUAUAUCAUCCAGGAUCAAGGUUGGCAAUGGACUUUGAUAUGGUGUGCUAUUCUUUUCGGCAUACUUCUUCCUCUAGUCAUCCUCUUCGUUCCCGAGACGGCAUAUAGAAGAAAGUCACUUGAACAGCAACUAGCAGCGAAAGGCGUUACUGUCCGAGACGCAAAAUCAGAGACUUCAGAGAAGAAAGAGGCGCCAUAUGAGCAAGACGAAAGCGCGAAAGCAGAAGCAGUAGAAACUGGAGUGGUGACAGAACGCAAAGACUCGUACUUACGAAGCUUGAGGCCGUGGAGUGGCAUCUAUACUGAUACGCCUCUCUGGAAGAUUUUCCUGCGUCCGAUGGUGGUUUUCUUCUAUCCGGCUGUCCUCUGGGGAUUCUUGCUUUACGGCAUAACGUUGUCCUGGAUUGUUGUCUUUAGCGUUGUAAACGCUGUGAUCUUCACGGCACCACCAUAUAACUUCUCAGUUUCCGAAACUGGGCUGAUUUCGCUGUCCCCUUUCAUCCUCACCCUCAUUGGGGAGGUUAUUUCUGGUCCAAUGAACGACUGGAUUUGCAUGUAUCUGGCCAAGAAGAACCGAGGAAUCUAUGAGCCCGAGUUUCGACUUCCGCCAAUUAUUAUCUCAUGCUUAGUUGGCAUCGUGGGCUUCUUCGGAUUCGGUGCCACCGUCCACUUUCAAACACACUGGACCGGGCCCGUUUUAUGUUUUGGAUUGGCAAACAUGAGCCUUGCCUUGUCUAAUGCCAGCGUUUUCGGUUAUAUCAUCGACUCUCAUAAAGAGCUGAGCGAAGAAGCAUUUGUGGCCAUCAAUGCCCGAAACUUGCUUACUUUUGGACUGACCUAUUUCAUCAACGAUUGGCUGGCGAAGGAUGGCCCCCUAAAAGUGUUCAAUGUGCUUGGAGGCGUGUUUGUCAUCGUCAAUGCAUUCACGAUCCCAUUGUGGAUCUUCGGGAAGCGAAUUCGCAGCUACAUUGCUAGAAACAAGACCUUGCAUGCAUUCAUGCACGAAGAUCAGAAGGAUUGA